UCAACCAGACAGCUAGGAAAAUCCACAAUGAAUCACAUUUCUCACAUGAAUACAUUGUGUUGUAUGGCUAAGUUUCUAUUUAUUCUGUCAUUAACUCAGGUUGUGUUAUGGGACAUCUCUGCUUAUAACGAGCGUCUUACAGCUAAAACUGGAGUAAUCAAAAGCACCAGCACAAAGACCACACUGGAACCCAAGCAAUCCAAUGAGCCACAUUUUGUGAGAUACUGUGCGGUAUCCUCUAUAGAACACGGGCACAAGGCUGUCAUAACUGACAUACACUGGCUUCCAGAUUUCUUUGAGGUCACCCGGAUGGGGUAUCCAUAUGAGAAUAAAAUCGGCUGCUGUGUACAGCUUGUCACCUCUUCUCCAGACUGCUCAGUCAUGUUCUGGGACAUCCGAUCACACAAGCCACAGGCGCAGACCAUGGCCGAGAAAAAAGCAGACAUGAAGCAGCUGGAGCUUCCACUUGGUGUACCGGAUACUUUCAAACACAUUGAUCUGAUCUGGAGGCCACUCAUUAAGACAUCAAUUCCCAAGAUCGAAACAGGAGGAGAGUUCAGCCCUAUAAAGGUCAGCUGGAGAGAGGAGCAUCACCACCUGAGGACAAUAGACAAGCUGCAGAUCCAGGUCAAGGAGGAGAAGUCUGAGGGAGGAAUUAAUUACAGCAGUUUAAGAGCGACUUCAGCCAAAAACACCAAGGUUCUGGAAGACAUCAACACCAAUUAUUUCGCUGCAACCGAAGAUGGUGAACUAGUGUACACAGACUGGAAGAUGGAGAAAGAUGGCGAUACAGGAAGGUUUAUC